AUGUCGGAUAUGAAACUGCAAAACAACGGCAGGCAGAGCAAAACUUCAGAAAGCAGCCAAGUUUUUGACAUGGACCCGGAACAUCAAGCACCUCAUCAAGAGCCACCUCAUCCACCACCCGUAUAUUCGCUGACGAAGAGCUCAACCUACCAAGCGCCUCAGCCGCUAGAAACUCAACGGACGUUUGACUCGGUCGAUCUAGAGGCCCAGACGGCGCCUUAUCGUCAUUCGCAUCCUCAUAGUCAGUCGGCCGGGCUCGAUGAGCCUGAGCAAAACCCGGACGACAAGCGAUCCUCGCUUCGGCUCAGAGGUGGCUGUUGCUGUUGCGACUGUCUCUAUGACUUGCUGAGGUGUCUCUUGUGCUGCUGCAUCUUCGAAGCUAUCUGCGACAUGUGCUGUUGA